AUGUGGCCCAACAAUCCUUUUCUUCGUGGACUUCUCUUUCUGCUCGUGGCCUUGACCUUCUACAUGGUAUUGCGAGUUCCGAUGGAACGAUUGCCCCAAGAGAUGAUACAAGUUCUUCUCAAGCACUCGCGUGAACGUGGAUAUGAAAGAAUGGAGCGUGUUUUACUCGUGAUUCAGAGUAUGACCCAUGAGAUGAUGAGGCUAGACAAUCAUCCCGAUGAAAUGAAACAACAACCACCACAACCACAACAAACUCCAUCAUCCAUGAAUGAUUCUCUUCUCAUCUCGGAAAUCAUUCAAAACAACAAUACUCAAUGCCAACAAGAAUUGAUCACACACAUCAUCACGCUCAAUUAUGCUACGGAAUUUUACUCGAGUUUAUUGUCCAAUUCGGGUUCUCAGAGUGAGCACGAACAAAAGGCUUCUCGCAUCGUACAAGACCUCAUUACGGAAUAUGCCAACACCACCACAGACAAGUGCGGUACAAAUCAUUCCAUUCCAAUACUUAGUUUGGGAAUUCAAUUGAACUCGAGGGAAGAAUUGAUAAGGAAGAGGGAGCUGUGGGACCCGAUGAGUGGUGAGCUUAUUGAAAAAAUUGAAAACCUAAUGGAAGAAGAGAUGGAUUCAUCACAACCACAACGAAACAAAACAGACUUGACACGACAUUCUUCGUGUGCAAAAACCGUGGUGGAGGUUUUAAUAGCAAGAGAGAUUUUGCUUUCAAUUUCAAAAACUUAUGCGAUCCCAGGUGUAGAGAAAGGUGUGAACUUUUAUUUGAGUUUGAAAUUAAGGGCUCAUUGCUCUCGAACAAAUUCCCUUAUCAAAAAGUCGCACAAUAUUUUGAAAGAUUAUUCUUCAAUAGUGUCAGAGGAUAUCAAGAAUGAAUUAUACUCUCUAUUUAAAGUGAGUGAAAAAGUCGAGAUGCUUGCAGUGACACCUCAAGGCAAGAACUUGUUAUUGAAACUAAACAAUGAUCGAAUUACAAAUAACAAAAUAGAGGAACUAUUACAGCAAAUUACUCACUUGAACAUUCAAAUCGAACAAUUGAAAAAUCAAAAUGAGAAGCAUAUUUCGAGCUCACUCGAGACAGAAUCAAUAUUGAAAAAUACCAUUCGAACGAAGAAUGAGGAAAUUAGCAUUUUGCACAAAAAAUUGUUGGAAAAGGAUGAUAAAAUUUCGAAUCACAAAGACCAAAUCUCAGAGCUAGAGGAGAAAGUACACGCGUUGACUGAAAUUGCUGAAUCACAAAAAAUCACAAAAUCUAUUCUUGAAAAGAAUUUGACACUGCUUGAAGAUUAUUUGCAAACCUUAAACCAAACUACCACUAGUAUUAUUGAAAAGAAAGAUCAACAAAUACAGCAAAUUUUACUUGUUAAAACAAUGCAAGAAGAAACAAUUACAAAUUUGCAAAACGAUUUAAAACUUGCCGAACAACGAAUAUCCUCAUUACACAAUACCCAUCAAGAAGAAAUGAAAAAACAAGCAGAAUUCAUAGAAACUCUUCAAAAGGAAAUUACUCAUCUCAAACACGAGAAAUCAGAACAAUUCGAGCGAAUUGAAACUUUGAAACAAACAACAUUACGUGUAAUGCUUAACGAAAAGGAAGAAAUUCUUAGACAAUCAGCACAGCUACAACAAACUGCCCAACACAUUGCUCAAAUCUCUUCCUACAUGGGUCAAUUCAAUGAGACCAUCAACGAAGAGAAUGAAAAAAUCAAAGGUCAACUCAAAAUAUUCCUCGAUAAGUUGGAAAAGAAACAACAAUGCCAGAAAACAACCAACGAAUUACGCAAAAACUUGUGUCGUGAGGACAAGACAAAACUCAUUCAGGACAAACAAGUAGAAAAGUUAAUCCUUAAAGUGACUUCACUUGAAAAACAAAUUGAACUCUUAAGCAAUGAAAAACAAGCAUUAAUUUUGAGAGUUGGAGAAUGUUCAUCGAAUGUCACAGAGUUAGAAAAACUCUUCAAGGAGUGCUCAGACAAAUCUGCAACACUCUCCUCCAUUGUCAUUGAAACCAAACUUGAACAUGUCGAAGAACAAAAGAAAUGUAAAAACAAUGUGGAAGAAUUGGAAUCUAGAUUAAACGAAGUGAUGACUGAAAUGAACAAUAUGCAAUCGCAGAGUAGCGAAGAAAAUUCACACCAUAUUAAGGAACUAUCCGCCCUUAACGAUCACCUUCAAGAAUGUCAAUUGAAAACACAAGGACUCAUCACUGAGAAUAGUAAUUUAACUCUCUCCCUUCAAGAAUUGACCCUUUCCGUUCAUGAGCUCGAAAAACAAAAUCUUGAGCUAGCUUCUGCCCAUGUACGAACAAUGAUUCAAGAGGAAGAAUCCAUGUCAGAAUUACGUUCUGAAAAUCACACGAAGAGUAUUGAUGAGCAUUCCAAAGACAGUGUUGAAACUCAUUCCUCUCAUCAGGAAGAACGACAGCCCACACCACAACCAACAGGGCUCAACAUGAACACUCAAGAAGAACUUAACCAUGAUCUCACAAAACCUCACAAAAAGGAAGAGGAGAUACCUUCUUCAUCAAUCACAAAUGAAACACACGAAGAAGAACACGACAUGGCUGAAGUUGAGCUCACCCAAACAAACUCCCUCAUGUCACCAUCAUCCUCUCUGGAAUCGCCAUCUUCAACAAACCCUUAA